AUGCCAAUAAAGUUAGAAGACUCGGAACCUGUCGCUAGAAGACGUAUCAAUCCAAUUCAUCCUGUUUUGAUUGUGGGUGCGUUGAUAUUUCUGUCGCUCAUCUUUCUCAACUUGGACAAGUCUGUUCCAAUGAAACUCAGAUUGUACACCAAUAAUAUCCGUUACGACAACAGGAACAUCGGUCAGGACGAGCAUUAUUGGGAAGAGAGACAGCCGCUAGUCUCGGAAAGUAUUCGUUUCCACACCCAAUCGGGUGCAUCCGUUGUUUGCUUGCAAGAGGUACUCUAUAACCAAUUGAAUGACAUUUUAGGCAACUUGAAUGGACAUUCAGAUGCAAAAACCUGGGGUUAUUAUGGAAUUGGACGUGAGGACGGCAAAACCAAAGGAGAAUUCUCUCCAAUUUUCUUCAAAAAUGCCGAUUGGGAGUUGGUGAGUAGUAAGACUUACUGGUUAAGUCAAACUCCAGAUAAACCAAGCAUUGGGUGGGAUGCUGUUUUGGAAAGAAUUGUCACCGAAGUCAUCUUAAAGUCCAAAGAUACCGGCAAGAAAGUCAAAGUGUUGAACACUCAUUUCGACCACCGUGGAGUCACAGCCAGAAAAGAACUGGUCAAAUUGAUCAUGAGCAAGAUGGAGCUGGGCCCGGAGCCGGCGUUUUUAUGUGGCGACUUCAACACACAGCCUACAGACGAACCUUACCAGAUUUUGAAAGAUAGUGGAUUCACAGACAGCAGAAUCCAAGGAGAAAUAUAUGGGUACAACACCACAUUCAGUGGAUUUAACCACAACCAUGAGGAUAAUACAAUCAUCGACUACAUCUGGGCGGGGAAUGGUACGAAUUGGCAAAGCUACGGAGUUGUGCCCAACUAUUUUGAUAUUUACAUGAGCGACCACAGACCAGUAAUUGCAGAUUACUUGAUUUAG